AUGACUGAAAACGAUGAUGUCGAUCGUGUUAUGUAUGCGAGGAAUCAACAAUACAAAUACAGUAAGGAACCUGUUACGGGCGGGCAACCUAUAACAGUCGAACAAGCAAAAGCAUUACGGUUGACUGUAUUUGGUGCGUGUGACACACCACCUAGAGGCGAAUGGCUCCGUACUGGGUUUGUGUUUAGAGAUCCUGAGAAAGAGCUAUCGUAUGGCUUACGAGCACGCAGAAAUGGUACACGAGGAAUGCAGACCGCAAUACAAGGAUACAUACUCAAACAUUUGUUAUUCACAAGCACUAAUAACUCAUGUAUGAAACCAUCUAAACAGCAGCAACUGGAUGCUCUUUGUAAAUCAAUUACUGAAAUCCUGUGGAAGAUUGGCGAUAACGAAAAAGUUAUAGUAUGUUUACCGCAAGAGAAGAGUUACGUAGCGCACUCGUUAAACUAUUUCCAAGAUAAUGUUACCGAAAAACUCCACUUGUUCGAGUUAACCAAUAUUCAAGACUUAGAAAUUUUCAUCAAAAGAUAUUUGCAUUUGUUCCAAGACGAUCCUGGACCCGGAUCACUAUUGUUGCUUUACAGUGCAGUGCUAACAAGAGGACUAUCCAAGAUCGUAUCAGAUUUAAUGGAUGAAAAAGUGUAUCUGAUAUCAAGUGCUGAGGAAGGGUCUAUAUGCAUCGUAACACUGAUGCUUACCGGUAGAGCUACUCCUAAUCUACAUAAUGGUAUUGUGAAUAUUGGGGACGAACAACAUUAUGCCAUACCACAUUAUGGAAUAUUAGCCAGAAGUGAAGUAGGUCUACUGGUUCAUUAUGAAGAAUCCUCUACACCGGUACAAGUCACACAGAUACCUGGUUCUCGGUUAAAAACGCCAUCCUAUCCUAUUUGGAUAACUUGUGCUAAAGGUCAUUACGGAAUACUCUUCAACACUAAUAGGGAAUUGUUAAGAAAUCAUUUAGCUGAACGAAGAUUUCCAUUGACUCACUAUUCGUGUAGCGGUAGCGAAAACCACGCGACGGUGGACACGCGAUCGCACCAGGGCGAACAGACACGGAUGAUGAAGGCCACGGACGAUAUUAACAACACCACGUCGCUUCUACUUUUGGUCGAGUGUCUUAUACACACAAAGUGGGAAGGAGCUUCGGUGCAGUGGACCGGCGUUACAAAUGCGGUGAAUUAA